UCGGAGCCUCAAAACCAGCCGCUGCUUCGUGGCGUUAGCCCUUGGGAGCUGCCGAGCUCCCCGGCCGUGUCCUGGGCCCGCGCGUGCCCCUCCGUGCGGUCUGACCGGCGCUGGGAGCGAACAUCCCGCCGUGACCCCUUCCCUCGGCCGGGAGAUGCCGGGUCGAGAAGCACUGGAGAAAUGACAGGAUCGAAUGUAAAUAGAGAUACAAGUACAUAAGUAGCAUUGCAACAGAACUAGAGGUGGGUAAGGAGAGGUAUUUUGGUGCUCAUCAUCUGGCACCUUUUGCCAAUCACAUGCACCCUGCUCUGGGAAUGCAGCUUCUGGAAAACAAAAGAACACUACCAGUUGUUCCCUGAGUAUUUUUAGUAGGAGUUUGUGAGUAUUUAGAGAUUCGUUUUGCAAGAAGGAGAAAAAAAAAAGUAUUUGGUACAAAGUUUGCAUAUAUGAAUACAGGAAGAGUGCAUUUUCCAUCCAAAAAAGACAACUCCACAUGCACACAGAACACGGGUGGUUGAUCAUCUGCUCUGGUUAAAUUCAGAGCAGAAACACCCACCACCAUUUGACUGUGAUACUUGGCUCCAGUCAAUACAUGUAACGCUGCGCAGGAGGAAGAAAGCGAUGAUGAGCACAUCACACAAUGAACAGUAGCUCUUCUGACAGUGCUGCACCCCCAGAUGUUUCCCUUGUUUUACCAACAGUCUUUCAGGAAGGGGCUUGUAACCCCCUGGCAGGAGCUCGGUGGUUUGCGGGCUCUGGCCCAUCCUGCGGGGGUCGCGGCGGGCUGUGGCCGGAGGCUGCAGGAGCUGCGGGGCUUCCCGCAGCGCUGGCCCUGCCUGGCAGCCCUGCCUGGCUUUGUCUCGCCCUGCUCCACAGCUUUGGUGGCCAAGCUGUGCCCCUGGGAGGGGAGCAGGGCUGCCCCCCUGCCCGGCUCCGCUCCGCGCCCGCAGCUCGGCGUGGGGCAGCAGUGAAUGGUUCUGGUGCCCAUUAAGUGAGCACUGGGGACGACAGGCAGUGUUUUCCAGCACCGUUUGGUAGUCGAUUAUGUUUAUCUUACUCCUUUAAAUCUAAAUCACGUUGCCAGUAAUCGCAUGGUGUUUGUUUACUGCGCCUCCAGGACGUGGUGAUGUCUGCAUUUGAUAGGCUGUGCCUUACAAACCCACAAGACUGGAGUCACCGGAAGAUUAUGUAAAAAUAAAGGUGCAGAUACUCUUUAAGAAUAGGAAUGGGACCAGGCAUUCAAGAACAUCCCUUAUUACUGCACAGAGAGGCACAGAAAAAGGAAACCCAAAUCAAUGAAAACCACAAAGGAAUGGUAAAUUACAGUAAUGGAAAAAACCAUCCAAGCACCAAAGGCCUAAGUAAACCACUUUCUCAUGUGAAACCUUCUCCUGGAAGAUUAGGCAAAAAUGUAUCAAGUGCCAUUGAAAAGACUUCCCAUGACACUCAAGAUGGUAACCAACCAAGUAUUUUUAAGAAGGGAAGAAACCAGCUGGAUGACACUACUCAGUCAAAAAGGGUCUCGACUGUUUGCACAUCACUGCACAGAGCACAAGGACCAAAGAGGACUCUCCCAGAAAGAAGGCAAAAUGAAUCUUUUCUGCACAGGAUCCCUCCUAGCAUAAAAGGCAGCACACAAGGUAGCUACUGUAGGGUUAAAGAUGUCCCAAUGCAACAUUUCUAUUGCGGUAAAAAAGAACAGUUGGAACAGAAUCAUGAAGAAGAUAUUGCUGAAGCCAGUCCGUGCUCUUCUAAAUGGCAAGAAGCAUCUGUAGAUGAAAAGUUUCUUGAUUUUGAAUCAGUACAAAGUAUUAAAGAAGAUGCUGAAGAUGACAGUGCCAGUGAUCUCUCUGAUUCCGAAAGGAUUCCCAUUCCCCCAUCUCCCUGCACACCACCAGAACUCAUUCUCAGAGCUGAAGAAAUUGAUCCCGUUUGUUUGGAACACGUCCCUGAUAUGGGUUUUAAAGAAUCAGAAUAUUACUACCCAGACUUCCUCCCACCCCCUUUCAACUCAUGGGACUUGAAGCAACUGGCCAUCUUUGUUAAUGUAGAGGGUAAAACUGAAUUUCGACCAAAGCCAACAGGAUUUCUUGAGAAGUACAUUGAUCGCCUUUUGCAGCUGGAAUGGCUGCAAAUGCAGACUGUGCAGAACGAGAAGGGAAAGGCAGCCAAAGCCAGGCCACAGACUACUCCUGGUUCUAUCCGUACCCUAAAAAGUCCUGGCAAAGGCAAAGCAUUGCUCAGCCCUUUGCCCAACAAGCAAGUGGUUCCCCAAGAAAGUGUUACAAAGCUGCCCAGAAGCUGUUCAGGUCACAGGGGAAUAUCAUACUGUGAAGAAAGUCACCAGUUACAUUCUCAUCCAGGUCACUUGAAACUUUCUGAGAGGACAGGAUAUGCGCUGUCUUCUCUGCGACAAGCUGGUGAAGUAAGGAGUGAACUGAAAAAAAAACCAACUGUAAAGCAACAGCUUCUCAAUCUGCAGCCCUCUGAGAACAGUUCUAAAAUUCAAAGUGUUGGUAAUAUCAGACCCCCUAAGCAACCCCCAUUUCACGGUUCAGCUGCUCCCAUCAAAGGCUUAAAAACAUACGCCAGCACAAAUCCAAAGAAAAAUGGCAAUGCCAACAAUUAUGUUCCUUCUAAGAAACCAACAGGGGACAGGAAAAUAAAAACAAAUGGCACAAAGCAAACGUGCAAAUUUAAAUGAAGAAAAAUUCAUUAGUAAAUGUUGAUGCUUCUUGACUGCUAGAAAGCAUUUGGCCAAUGCAGAAGGGUCAUGUUUUCUUCAUAGGAAGAUCCUGAGAAAGUAUGUUCUCAAUGCAGGGUUCUCAGUCAGCACAGUUCAUUUCAAUACAUCUGAUCUUAAGCCAGCAAGGCCAGCAGGAAAUCUUUUCCCUGAAGGCAAGUGUCUUCCAUUGAUCUUUCCUCAAAGAUAAUUACAAGGGUUCAGUGAAAAUAAUAAUAGCAGAGUAUGAAAAUUUAGAGAAAUACGUAAUUACUACAUUUCCUCCUGUUUGCACCAGUUGAAGUCCAUUGAAGUCUGUGGUGUUUCUCAUGCUUACCUUGGUGUGUUUGAGGAAAUAGGAGCCAUGUUCUUGAGCAGAUGUGCAAUUUUGUGGGACAGGUUUGAUGGUGGUGGUUUCUGAUGGAAAAGGGCUCAACUGUUUUUGUAACAUAAUGGAGCAUGCUUAUCUAUGCAAAGUCAAAAUAGUUCUUCACAGAAGAUGACGAAUUGGAUUUUUUUAUGCAUUAGUUGUUUUUAGUUGUUUGUUUUCUUUUAUAUAAGAAGAAGGGAGACAAUGUUUUGAAAUAUUUUAAUGCAGAAAGGAUUCUUUUUAAGAUAAAAACUUAAUAAACAGCAGACAGCUUCAACACUGACAGAUUAAGGAAAUGGAAUGUGUAUUUUUAUACCCAGAAAUGUCCACUGUGUUUACAGACAGCUUUCCUUGAAGUUAAUUUUGUAAGCCUUGAUGGUUUUUGCCAUUUAGAAGGAAUGACCAAAUUUAAAAUUGCACAUAGAUAUUUAUGACUAAUGCCAAGUGAGGUUAUUACUAGAGACUCUGUGACCUAAUUUUCAGAACUGGUAGCCUCUCAAAACAAAAAUAGACUCUUAGUAGAUGAAUGUAAAGACUAUUGUAAGUUCAAGGAAAGAUAUAUUUUGAUACAAAAGAUAUCUAUUUUCAGUUACCUGAUAUGACUAUUAUUUAUCCCAUGGUCCAGUCUACUCCAGUUAGCUUGGCUUCUUGUUUAAAGAUUUAAGCAACAUGGAGAAAGAUCCUACAGAACGAAAUUGUACAGCCAGGUCUUUUCUCUUGUGUCUGUGAGAUACAAGAGAAUAUGAAGGAUAGUUCAGUGAAUAUUCAAGUGUCAGUUCAUCUGUUACAAUUUCAAAUCAAUCACAGGAGCUGGGGACAUGAUCUUGUUAAAGAUGGAAUUCUAGAGGAUGUUUCUUACUUUCAUUUUAAAAUUAAAUACUGAGCAGCAUUAACUUCAUCCUCAGUCACAGUGAACUGUUUAUGAGAAGUGAGCUGAGGUCUGAUGGACCAGAUUUUACAAGUGGAUCCUUCACAUUGUGGGAGAAAAUGAAAAAGUAGCAUAUACGAAAGGGUACAUUAUGUAUAUAGAUAAAUUGCACUUCUCUUGUUGAUCUCUUGGUAUUUAAGAUGCUUAGAUGUUUCUAUUCUUUCAUCGUGCCUACCAGAUCUUCAGCUUUCUAAAAUUUCAAAGCAUGGAUUUGUAGUAGUUUAAAAUGUGAGAAUGUUAAUAAAUGUAAUUGUAAACUAGAGUAUUUUACAGUACAUAAAAACAUUGCUCAGGAAUUGUCUAAGGAAUAUUUUUAGUGGUUUUUUCCUAGUCUACUGGAGACCAAAUGUGAAAUUUUAACUUGAUAAAGGAAACAAAUGUAAUGUGCAGUAUUACAUUUCCAUGUUCAGUAUUUGUGAGGUUGCAGUUAAAAUGAAUUGUAGUUGCAUGUACAUUCAGCUCUAUGCAAUUAAAGUGAAACUUAAUCUGACAUGCUUAAAGAUCAAAUAAAUUGGCUGUGUCAGAGGUAUGGUGAAAUUCAGAGGAUGGCAUUCAACACCAGCAACUGCAAAGGACCAGCACAUUCUAUUGUUGCUAUUUCAUCCUUUUGUUUUGUUUCAGAUUCAUCAUGUAUUUCAGCUUUUUUUGCCUUAUUUUAAAGGUAUUGUGUUUCUCAUUGGCAUUGGUGGGUUUUCUUCUGAAAAAUAACUAAACAGACCCCUCUGUCUGCAAAGGCUGGACCUCAGUUAACUAGAGAAUUUGCAGCCCAGCUUUUUGUGUUGGCGAUCAUGUGUUCCUAUUUAUUUGAAUUUUUGGUGGCUAUUUUUGCUAGUGAUUUCAUUGGAAAGUGAUCUUGUAGUUCAGAGUUACUGUAUAUUAUUAUAUUAAAAGUGAAAUACUGCCUGUGA